AAAGUAGUCGUCCACGUCCUUCUCGUCCUGCGAGAAAAGCGUGUCGAGCACUAUGGUCCUCCCGCAAACGUCAAUGGCUGUGCUGAAGUACUUCUCCAGCUUUCGACACGGUGCGUCCGAGUCCCUCUGAGCGUCAUCCGAACCGCACUUCCGACUCGGGAAGAGCAAAUCCCAAAUGUUGCCGUCUUCGAAGUCGGACAAAUCGGGAAAACAAGCCGCCAACACAUCGCUUACACACGUAAGAUGCUGGUGGAUGUGUUUUAAGUCGUUCACUGAGAAGAGUCCUGCCCAACUGCUUUGAAGGCCACCAGCUAGCCCGAACUCUUCUUUUCGUCGCCGCCGCUGUAAUGUCCUGUUGUGGCAGGUGACUGCGAACUUGCAUUCGAUGACGUUCCACUGGACGAUAAAACCCAAUUUAAACACUUCGGCUUCUUCAAAUAUGUUACUUUUGACCGCGACCCACUCGUCCAAGCUGUCCGGGCGCUCACAAUCGACUGUAGACAUUUUCAAAGCCGAUGUUUGGACGAGGGCCUCGUCCUACAAGCUGGUGCUGUGUUCACGAUGUCCACCAUUUGCGUGACGUGAGAUGCAUUUAAGGAGGGGAGAAAAGGAUGGGAAAUUACAUCUCAAAGCAUACAACUUCGUCAAAUCUGACCAGUCAUCACGAAAAGAGGAAGUAACGUUCACGCGAGUCAUCCUUCGCUAAAAUUCAACGUUUACAUAGAUAGAUAGAUACUUGAUUGAUCUCCACAGGGGAAAUUUCGAUGUCCUUUAUAUUUUAUUAUACUGUAUUUCAUCAUUUAUUGAUGCAUAAAUACAGACUGAAAUUAAACAUUUUUGGCCGGUUCUGUUCACUUAAUAAAUGAAUAUGAAUAAAAUCUGAUUAGGUCACUUGCUUGUUUACACCAACAAAGAUGGAAAAAUUAAAAGCUGGCUAUUUUUUAAACAAUAAUUUAGCUUCACAAUAUUACUUGGAAAAAAAUGUUUAUGCCCAUUUUCGCUUGAAUGUUUAGGACCGGAUCUGGAAUAAUAAGGACAUCACGUAUUUAAAAUAAAAUUGUAAAAUUGUGUUGGGCUGACAUCUUAUUUUUGUAAUGCAUAUACAUGUGUUGUGCACUGUUUGUUUUUCGCUAUCGUUUUGUAACGGUAUCUAAACAGGUCCUAUUUCUGUCGAUUACAUCAGCCGUCCUACUAAUCAACCAGCCCCAUAUUUUUCGCAAUAUUAUUGUUAUUAUUUUCCGAUAUGUCUGCUUUUCUAAAAUUUACAUUUCUUAACCGUGAGUCAAAGUUAAUUGGAUUCUUUCAGUUCGAAAUUCGAGUAUAUUCCAAUUACGAGUGUCAGUGAAGGCACCAUGCUCCGGUAUUUGUAUUCAAGAGUCACACGAUUGGGGAUUUCCAUCCUGUAAUACAUAACCGAAGCAGUUUCCAUUUCGAAUGUCAAUUUAAUGUCAUUUUCGAAGGGACUGUACGUUCGAUCCAAUAAUAAUAAUAAUAAUAAUAAUAAUAAUAAUAAUAAUAAUAAUAAUAAUAAUAAAAACAAGGCAGUGUUGGCCUUUUCCCCUCAGGAUGCUUGACAUGUUUUUGACAUUUGAUCAGCAUGUGCCUGCCACAUCUAUUUCUGUCCCAGCUUGUGCAUGUUGCUGCUCUGCUCAGUGUUCAAACCAACAAGUACACCACUGUUGGCCUGCAAUGGUUGCGUGAAAGCUGAUUUAUUCUGCCAUUUCCCAUGGAUCUGAUUGAUAAUAGGGGAGCUAGAUUGGAUGUGAUUGCAGAAGAAGCUGAAUUUCAAGAGUUAAACAAAGACAUGUACAGCUCUCAAAAGUCUGGGAAGGCGAUGAACGAACAUGAUGAUGUAUUAAACAAUGCUGGUAUUGAGAGUGACAUCAACAGCACCAGAAAUCAAUUGCAAGAGAAGGUGGCUGAGAUGGAAAACUUUGCAGGACACCUGGAAGAAAUUUUUCUAACUGUUGAGGAGAAUUUUGGCCGACGGGAACAGCACUUGGAGCAGCACUACACCGACGUGCUACAGACAAUAUCGCAGCGUUAUGACGAGCGUGCGGCCAGACUGGAAGAUGAAAAGAAGAUGAAGCUGGAGGUUCUGUAUGCCCAGCUGUUGGCCUGCGGCCACGCUCUAGACGCCUCCAAGGAGCUCAUUGAAGAAGCCAAGGAGGUGUACCGAAACCAGGACAGCAGGCUUUUUCUCAAGGCAGUAGUUCCCACCAUUAAACGAAUUGAGGCGUUCGCCAAGGAGGAGAUGGACCUCACACUAGCCACAAGUCUUGAAUUUGAAACACCGCUUGCUGACCUGUCAGAUGUCAAAAGCAUGAUGGAUUCCAUUAACAUUGUUCCAGCUCCAUCUGCCCCAGUUAUAAACCCCCAAAUGGCAAACUCGGCCUCCCAAACAUCCCUACGUGUGUGCUGGAGUCUGUUCUCUGAUGACACUGUGGAGUUUUACGAGCUGUACUACAGACCCGUGCUGCAGGACGCGCCUCUGGACAGUACAGCUACCCCGCACGUAAGCAAGUUAAAAGUGAAAGAAACCCACUGCACAGUGAAAGAGCUUCUGCCUGGUGCUCAAUAUGAACUCUGGGUUACAGCCACCAACACAACAGGCAUCAGCCCUGCCAGUGAGAAGGCCUUAUACAUGACAGUUCCGUUGCCUCCAGUGAUCAAGCAGAGGGAAUGCUGCAGUUGUCCAGAGGCUGCGCUCAUACGUUGGGAGUCAGGAAACCCUGACCCUGUUGACUCUUAUACUGUAGAGCUCACUGAACUGAAUGGGCCUGACGGCACUGAGAAGGGGGUCACCGAAUCUGUGGUAGCAGUGCCCACAUGUCAGUCCCUAAUCCAGCUUCAGGCAGGCCGCCGUUACCUUAUCUCCGUGAGAGCGGUCAAUAUCGGUGGACCCAGUGAUAGGAGUGAGGUCAUAAGCAUAUCCACUUCUGGCACAUUUUUCUAUCUCCUUGAGGACACAGCCCACCCAUGCCUGUCCAUCUCUGAUGAUGGUUUUACUAUUUUUUAUGGAGAUGAAGAGCUGCCUAUCAGUGCGAUGGCCUUAGAUGAUAACAACUUUACCAGGUGCGUAGCAAUCCUUGGGGAUUUGAUUCCGGUGCGAACUAAGCAUUACUGGGAAGUAGAGGUGGACGACAGGACUGAGUUCAGAAUUGGAGUUGCAUACGAAGACACAGAAAGGAAUUCCUACCUGGGAGGAAACACUACCUCCUGGUGUAUGAGACACAUCCUCACAACUUCAAGACACAGGUACGAGUUUCUGCACAACGGCCAGAGCCCUGACCUAAGGAUCACUGUAAACCCUGUCCGAAUUGGCUUGGCGUUGGACUAUGACCGGGGCAUUCUGUCUUAUUAUAAUGUGGAUCUUGAACAACACCUGCACACCUUCCAGUGUCAUUUUCAGCGUUACGUGCAACCUUGCUUUGGACUGGACAGUCCGGGUGCUCUGACUAUACACACUGGGAAAGAAGCUCCAAAAUACACAAUACAAUACUAGACGUCCAAUCCAAUUAAACCGGAAGGGCUGGUAGGGUAUGAACAUUCUUUCACUCCCUGCAAACCCUACCAGUUCAAAUUGAAUGGUCAUCUAUUGCUAUCAAUGUCAUCCGUUGAGUUAAUGACAAUUACAUGAUUAAGUAAAACAGAAAAAAUGAGUCAAGUUUGAGGUGUUUUAUUAAAGUAUUCCAUGGGAACAGACAGCCAUCAUUUUCCAAGAGAAGAAAAAGGUCGUAAAAUGUGAGUAAACCAUCUGUAACAGAAUUCAAAUAGCUUCAAGGAAAAAAAAUGGGGCCUGAUUUGUGGUUUAAAAAAAUACCUUGCUGUAUAAAUCUGGUUUAUUGUAACAUCGGUAUGAAAAAAAAACAAAAAAACACUCCAUCGAAAAGGUUUAAAGUGGUUUUAGCAGUUGCAGUUUGUUUUCUCGGUUGUUGUUGUUGUUUUUUUUUUUUUUUAAUGACUAUUGUUUCCUAAUUUGAUAAACAGGUCAAAUCUUGCAUUGUGUUCAUGAGCGAGUCAAUCACCAUCCUCAAGAUUCCUCCGGUAUUCAGAAAUUCACAAGUAUUUGAUGUAACAGAAUUCAAAUAGUAAAAAGGAAAAAUGGGGCUUAUUUGUGAUCAACGAAAAUAAAAAUUUGUCUUGCGACUGCUCAUUGUAACAACUGUAGGCACACAUAUACAUAAAUUUUACCCCAAAACACUUAAAACCGGGUUGCAGGAAAUGUAAUUGAUGUUAUUGUACUUUGUUUUCAUGACCAUUGUUUCUGAAAGUGACUAGGUUGAUAAGGUAAAAUAAAUAACCUUGUCGCAAUGUGUUCAUGAGCUAAUAAAUAGGCAAAUUCCGGAUUUGUCCGGUAUUGAUAAAUGCACAAUACAUUGUAAUUGCUUAAAGCUGUCACAAGAGAGCAGCAUUGGUCUGAGCAGAAAAAGUAAAUACUGGCUAGGCUCUUCCCAAAAUCGGAAAAUAUGAACAUGGUCAUUUGUAAGGGUAACUAUACAAUUUAUUAUUAUUAUUUUAACUUUUAAUGCCUAUUUAAGCAUGUAAAAUUCAUCUAGAACAGAAAAUAAAGAAACUGACUCUUAAGCUAGCAGGGUCAUAGUAUAAAAAUGGAUUUUUCUUUUAGGUUGGAUUCAAGACUGUUGCUGAAAGUAGCUUUCGUUUGUGUAUCCUACAUAUCGGGCUGAGUCAUGAGUUACUGGUCUUACUGCUACGAGUCCUCUCCUCUUCUUCAUCGGAAGAGUCUCCACCAUAUGGCACCAGCCCUGAUGCAUCCAACAAAAUCUUGGGUUUCUUCUCACAUGUUUCUUUCACAAGACCUUUAAGACAAAAAAAGGAUGGGGGAAGGGGAGAGAGAGAGAGAGGACCCCCAAAGGAACGCAUUGAGGAACCCCAUGUUAGCGGUAGUUUGCAGUCAGUUUGAUCCCAGGUCAGCCAGGUCAAGACAUCGAUGGCCAGCAGGUCCGUGAACAUGUGGAGAGAGAGAAAGAACAAGGGAAAGACAAAAAGACAUAUAGAAGAAGACAAUGUUAGUAGCGUCCAGCAGGAGAGAAAAUCUCACAGGCUUCACUCGUCCUUCAUUCCUCCACAGGGGGCGGAGGUGCCAUUUCAUGCCAGACCAAUUCACUGGGACAUCGCACGCUCUUCCGGGUGGCAACAUGUUCUCUCAUGGCACUAGUGACGUACAAACUUUUACGUACUGUACCAUUUGACCAGAUUUAAAAAAAAUAAAAAAAUAAAUAAAAAUAAAACUGCAGGUGGCAUAAAUGACAACUUUGGUCAGUGAUAAAGACAUGGUACAGCUCCUCUUUUCUCUCCGAUUUCGGAGUUGGUCAAGUUAAUUGGAUUGAAGCGGUCAAUACUGUAUACCUUUUUACUAGGAGUUGUUUUCUGGUGGCACGAGGAGAAAGUAAAGGUUUUUACCACCAGGAAGUAUGUGUGACACCAUUGUAAAAAGGUCCGUUGAAGUGAACUUCAUCUGAGGAUGUGAGCAUUAAAAAUCGGGGGCGUACCCGAAGUUGCGGCACUGUUGGGCAGACUGUCUGGAGCCUGGGUAGCCAUGUCGCUCGGUCGCUUGCGCGGGCCAGAGGUGAGAACGGCCAAGGGAGGCGGUGGCGGGGGCAUCAGCAUCCUAAAAAGUUCAUUAACAGUCCAGGUAAAUACAUAAAAACAAAAAAUUAAAGGCGAAUUCACAAGGACAGACCUCUCUACUGUUUUUUCUUGGUUGACAGCGGGGGGAGGUGUGGACUUUUGAUGAGCAGGAGUCUCCUGGGAGCAGCUGGCAGGCUAAACUUGCCCAAAAUGUUUGACCAUUAUUUUUCAAAGUAGCAUUCAAUAUGCUUCAAGAGUAUUGUUCAAAGGAGCAUGAUUGCAGGCAUGACUCCAUAGCUAACCUUUUGUUCCUCAGUAGGUUCACAGACAUGCUGAUGUGAACUUCCUGUGUCAGGCUGAGUGUGUAAAGCUCCUAGACGGUCCGCUGUAUCACCUCGACCAGCACCCUUUAACACAAUAUAAGACACAUUUACAUGAACCUUUAUUUAAAAAAAUAAAUAAAGAAGUACAGGGUGUUCCAAAAUGUUUGACCCCAUUUCGUAGGCCAAUAAAUUUAACAAUUUUCGUUGGAAUGGCCUCAAAUUUUCACAGCUUGUGUAGAAACGUUAAGCCUGAACGAUAUAUCGUUUUAACAUCGCCAUUGCAAUGUGCGCAUCCGCAAUAGUCCCAUCGCAAGGACGUGCAAUAGUUUAUUUUUUUUUAUCCCACAAACUUCAUGCACUCACACAGCCUCCCUCCCUCUCCCAGCUCUUUGUUCCUUAAUCACUGUGGCACUCGCCUAUUAAAGUUAACAAUGUUGACAGAUGGUUGGUCUUUGAUCUUGCCAGAGAAGCAGACUUCACAUGCGCCUCAUACGUAAAUCAUCGUUUAACUUAAGAGUUGCUGCGCAAGGAAGCGCGCGCUGGAAUGAGUGUGUGUGUGUGUGUGUGUCGAGACGUUCGAGGCAGCCGGACAUGUUAUGUCGUGGCUAGAAGUGAUCUUGAGGAGUUUGUAAUUUCUACACGUCACUCCAGGAAUCACAGCCACACGUCACUCCAGGAAUCACAGCCAAGGUAAGUAAACAGAAGCAUUUAAUAAAGGCAAGCAUUUUUUUACUACUUUAUUCUGGUAUAAAUAUGAUUCGGUGGGACAGUAAUGUUUAAAACUGAUCAUAAUUUGUCAUUUGAAGUGCUUAAAAAUCAUUUAUUAAAAUAUAUAAUAGUAUACAAUAUAUAUACUAUACAUUUUUUCUAAAUCAUACUUUGGGGGAAAAAAGUGAAGAAACAUGUCU